UAGUAGCGAAACUAAUGAACUAGAAUAACAGAGACGGCAAUGGCGGCAGCUCCGCAGCCACGAGUAGAACAAGAAUACAUGUGGGAGGUUUGGGGCAGAGCGUCAGCAGCGAUGAUCUGCGGAAAAUAUUCUCCGCCGUGGGAACGGUGGAAGGAGUGGACAUCGUAAGGACCAAAGGCCGCAGUUUCGCUUACGUCGACAUACUCCCCUCUUCUUCCAACUCAAUCUCCAAGCUUUUUAGCAUGUAUAAUGGGUGCGCUUGGAAAGGCGGCAAGCUGAAGCUCGAAAAGGCCAAAGAGCACUUUCUUGCUCGCAUGAAACGGGAAUGGGAGGAGACACAAGAUGAAGCUGAAGCUGAAGCUGAAGAAGGAACCCAUCAAGCCAAGCAAUCUUCUUCAGAUAGCCCCAACGGGAAAAACAAGGUUCAAGGUUCCCAAAACAACCAGCUUCGGAUCUUCUUUCCUAGAUUAUCAAAGGUCAAAUCGUUGCCAUUUAGCGGGACUGGAAAGCAUAGGUAUAGUUUCCAACGUGUUCAAACCUCUGCCCUCCCGAUUCAUUUUUGUGAUUGUGAAGAGCAUUCUGGUCGUUUUGAUGCUACGAAACCAAAAGUCGUUCAACAUCAUGAAGAAAUUGGUGGUGCCAUGAAUGAGGAAGAGCUUAGUAUGAUGAGCUCGGUAAUGAACAAGCUCUUUGAGAGGGAAAAUGUUUCCAACACUAGCAGGGCUGCCAUAGCAAAGGAAAGAGAUGAUGUCAUUGAACCAGUAAAGGAUUUGCUGUCUGAUGUGGAGGAAAAUGACGAUGAUGAUGAUGAUGAUAUCAUAAUUAAUGUUGUUUCUAAUGCUAAUAACCGAACAGCUAGGACCAGGGAGCCGGAAAAAAUUUCCACCGAGAAAACUAGACUCGGUGAAAACAGAAUUUCGAAGGAUGGAGUGAUUCCGAAUCCAGGCAAUUUGCAGAAGAAGAGUACUUUGCAUCCUGAAAAGAAGAGGAGGAAACCACUACCAAAUAAAGACAAUAAACAUGAAAUUGUUUCUGUUUCACCUCUAGUGGGAAGGAAUUCACAGUCUGAUGAGAGUGAAGCAAAUUUUGAGGAGAAUGAAACUGAUGAAGACGACAUCGUAAUUAAUGUGGCAUCUGCAGGAAAUAAAGGGGCGAGUUUGUCAGGAAGUAUGAAGUGUGCUAAGGUAUCAUCGAAAAUGAAGUUCAAAUCUGGCGAGGCGCGAACUUCUGAAGAUAGAUCAGCUGAGGAUGAUCACAAUGAGGAAAAAGAUCAUUUACUUCCUAAAAAGAAGAUGAAACCAAUUUCUUCCGAGGAAAGGAAUGAAAAUGAAGUUGUCUCUAUUGUACCUGCUGAGAAGGGACCCUUUGUUGCCCAAUCAAGUACUAGUUUGUGGUCUCAGAAGUCUUCAUGGAAGGCACUUGUUGGAGAUAAAAAUGAUAGUGCUUUCAGUCUCUCCAACGUUCUGCAAAAUGUCGACACCACCGAGGAAAAGCAGCAUAUUUUUUAUGGUCCCAAAGUGAACAACUCUCUUGAUAGCAAGAAUGAGAAGCUGUUGACAUCUGAAAACGUGGAAGGCAUGUCAAGCAAAACGGAAAUAGCGAAUGUGGUUGAUGAAGCUCAACCAAACCAACCUACCACGGGUUCACAUAACGCAGGAAGAGGUUCUGCAUGGCUCCACAAGUCCUCCUGGAUUCAACUGGUAAGUAAUAAGAGCAAUUCUUAUAGUAUCUCAGAAAUUUUGCCAGGCACUACUGCAUUAGACGAGGUUGCAAAGCCCGUUGGCGAGGAUGCUCUGCUGUCUGCUGCCGGAAAUCUUAGCAACAUAACUGAGCAAUAUACAGCUUCAGGUGUCGGAAAAGAAAGAGACUCUGUUGAGAGUAUUCUGAAAAGCAAUCAUCAAACCAUCAAUGCCGAUAAGGAUGCUUCUGAUCUGGCAGUUGAGAAUUUAAGCAACUCCGAACCAGACAAAGGUUUCGGUGUAGAUACUAGCACAGGGGAAACUUGUUCAUUUAUGAGAAGCUCUGCUUCAUUAAAAGAAUGGGCUAAAACUAAGGCCUCCUUGAAAGGGUCACGCAAGAAAAAAACUAAAGGUGGUUCGAUGUAGUAGCGCCCGGGCGUCCUUGUGAAGUUGUUGUUAUUGUUUGAUAUUGUGUUCCGUUGAUAUAUAUACUUUAAGUUUAAGAACCAUAUGAAAGUUUUGGUAUGCUUUUUACUUGGUAUCAAUGAAACCAUAGGUUGGUUUU